GGGGAGGGGAAGGUCACCACUAGUAUAUGAACGAGACGGCAAAGGCCAAGCAGUUAGUUUGUUGACGCUUCAACGUAGAGAACAUCAACGCUAAAAAUGCGCGUGAUCGUCCUGGCACUGCUGGUGGCGGCGUCCUCAGCCUGCCGUUACUACUGCAGGACUCCUGAAGAUGUGGCUUACUGCUGUGAUGGCGGGAAAGAAUACAGACAUCCCGAAACCCACGACGGCGAGUGCCCUGAGGUUCGCGGCUCCUGCCCACGCUUCGGCAGUACCCGGCCUGACGUGUGCCCUCACGACGGCGCCUGCCCACGCCACUCCAAGUGCUGCUACGACGUCUGCCUGGGGCACCACACCUGCAAACUGGCUGUCACCCCUACACACACCGUCACCCCCCCGGUCACCCCCCCGGUCACCCUCCCUACCACGAAGCCCCCAAUCAACAUUGCAAUCUACGCGAGAAAUAAGGCGAAUCAAGGAGGAAAGCCCUAGGCGCGUUUUGCUGUUGUUUGUGUUUUAAUUUGAUAGAAAUACAAAAAAGAAGUACA